UGUUCUAUUUAGCCAUUAGCGUGUGUUGCCGCCAUUUUCUCAAUCGAUUUCUUUCGGCUUAGCUUUGUGUUAAACAGCUACUGUUAAUUAGUAAAUAUAACUUUGUGUUUAAUACAUGUUCCAUUUUUAAACUUUAUUAGGUGCCUGUGCACAUAAUUUGUUAUUUUAUAUCUUAAUUAUUAAAAACUACAAGAUGGGUGACCCUUAUGCAUCAAGUGAUUACAAUAGUGGGGGAUAUUCCUCUCAUUAUUCUGUGCCACCACCUACCGUAUCUUCAGGGGAAAACAAUUACAGCGGUGGUCAACAAGGGCAAGGAGGUUAUGGUAGUGGGAGUAGUUAUUCUGGACAAAGUUCAGGACAAGAUUGGAAUCAGCCAAGUUCAGGUAGUAGUAAUAAUUAUGGGAGCAGUGGUCAGUCAGGCAAUGGCUAUGGUCAAAACUACAAUUCAAGCUAUGGAAGUGGAAGCUAUGAUCGUAACAGUGGUGGUAGUAGUAGCAACUACAAUGUAAGCAGUGGAGGUGAUCGUGGUGGAAGCAACUACAGUAGCAGUGACCGCGGUGGUUCCAAUUAUGGAGGAAGUGACAGAGGUGGAAGCGGUUACUCUGGUGGUGAUCGGGGAGGAUAUGGUGGGGGUGACCGAUCCAGCUACAAUAGAGAUGGGGGAAAUAGAGACAGUGGAUAUGGGUAAGUGAUAUUUUAAAAAGUAUUUAAUUUAUUAAUAAACCAAAAUUUUAUCCAUAUUCUUAAUUGUUCCCUUCAGACCCCUUAUUUGACUCAACCUCAUUUUAACCUCUCUUUUAAAUUACUUAAAUUUAGUAUUCAUAGGUGUUAAAAACUUCCUUUUUUCCUUCAUUCCUUCACUUGAUAACAAUGUGGGGAUAAGUUGACAUCUGCACUGACUAAAAUUGUGUCUGAUGUGAUUAAUUGUAAUUGUAGUUUAGAAACAAUAUGUUUCCAAAAGGAAACUACAACUGAUUUUUCCAACAAGGGUCCCCACAAAGAGAAUAAAUGCAACAAGCAAUUUUGAUGUUUACUGAUAAAAAAGGGAACACGGUUCCCGACAUUUGUUUACAACCACCACAAGGUAGUUACAGAAACUUUUGUCACCAACACGUUUUGACAACACAAAAGUUGGCGAUUUUUCUUUCGUCGAGACCUGACAAUAUGUCUUCUCCCUCCCUAAAAGUUCCUCAAAUUUUUGGAAUAAUAUACAAUUUUUUAUAUUUUAGGUGCUUACCAAUAGUAAGUACUUUAGUGGUGCAAACUAACAAUUCUAUAAAACUGUUUCUAGCCUUAUUAUAAUUUUGCUAUUUGCUUAUUUUUGGGUUUGUUUCAAUUACUAUCCUCUGUUCUCAAAAACUGCUGCUAAAAUAGUUGUAUUGAUUAAGGAGAGUCUUAUAGCUCUGUGUAUCAAUGAAAAAUAAUCCUAUAAGAAACAGUCAAAUUAUGCAUAUAUCCUAUAAAAAUAUUACUCACCUAAUAAUUGUAAAUGGGCUCUGUAGGUGCAUAUGAAGCAAAGAAAUCUUUACUAAUAAACCGGUUAUUAAUUUGUUGCCACUAAAAAAAGCUGGUGUGAAUUUUCCCUAAAACUGUAUUUACAACAAAAUUAACAAUAUUCAAAUUAUUAAGUACAAUGAUCUAACUAAUAUAAAAUUGACAUAAUAUUGACAAAAUUCUAUGUGAGUGGUCAUAAACGAAAGGUUAAAAGAACAAAAUUGAUGAUCUUAUAUGUUGUUAAAAAUGUCCUUGCUUAUAUUUAUUAAAUAUUGUGUAUCUACUUCUUCAUGGACCCAUUAAAGUCUACUGCUGGAUCUCUCCCGUUGUAAGGAUAAUUUGACUUAAUCAUCAAGCUUGGCAGGCAGAUCGCCGGUUUACGUAACACAUACAUUUAUUAAUGGCAAGUGUUAAAUUUAAAAGAAAGAGAAUUAUUGAUGCAAAUGUUAAGAUAAAUAUGUAAGAUUUAAGAGUUUGUGCGAUUGUGUUAGAACAAUCGUUGGAUGCUGCAAAUUUUUUGGUUUAUAUGGUUAUGAAACACAAAUAAUUAUUAUUCUAGUUCUUCUCAAUGAGAUUUUUUCAACUUGCGUCAGUAAUAUUAGGGUAGGAUGGGGCUGACAUAUGUUUGAUAUAAAAGCUAAAUAAAAAAAUACAAUAGCAAAAUCUUGCACCUUUGAUGUUACUGCCCAUUGCAUAUUUAAGAGUAUUUUACCUCUGGUGUAAGCUAAAUUAAUAUACUGCCAUCUAUCGAAAGCUAUAUGAGGUGAUCUACAUCUUCUUCUUUAUGGCAUCAUAUAAUUUGUUAAAUAUUCUCCAAUUUUUAAAAAAAUUAUGUAUAUAUUUUGAAAAUGCUUAUCAAAAUAUUUAUAAACAUGUGUUUACUUAAAGGCCGUCAUUGUGAUCUUAUUGAAUCAUAGAAUAACAUGGGUCACCAGCGGAUCAGAGGGAAGUAGCAUUCCUCUAUGUGAAAGUAUAAGUCCAUGCGGUCCUAUGCAUACAAUAAAACUGGUUGCAGUAGAACUGCUCACUAGACUAUAUCUAGUAUUGUGCCAAAAAGAUUUUUGCCACGUCAUAUUUACAGAAAGAUUUGACUUUUCAUAUAUAAGUAAUUUUUUAAUGACAUUAUUGCUAUUUAUUUCUUUUAAACUUAAAAAUUACAAUAUGAGCGGUCGUGUUAUUUCAGAUUUGAUUAACAACACAGGUUGCUCGCCCUCAUACAAUAUGUGGAUCGGUCAGGUGUCUGAUCAGUCUGUAUCUGAGUUGUCAGUCAAAUGAUACUAUUAUAAAGUUAUAAUGUAUCUAUCUGUGUGUAUAAAAUUGUUAAUUUAUUAUUUUAAUUGUAUGUGUGUUGUGUGAGUUUUGUAGUGGCAGAAGAUUGUUUUUGAGUGCUCAGAUUUCCCUCCGCAAAUAAUGAUAGGACAGUUCUGUAUCAGGGAAAAACGCCAUGGCUACUCUCCUGCGGUAAGCAGGUGGUCCGUGUUGCUCUAUGUAUUGAAUAGUAAAAAUCACAAUUGCAUCCUGAUCAAAAUACCCACAUUGUUUUUGACAGUAAAUUUUUUGAUGUCUCACUACGUCAAAGAAAUAGAUGUCUUUCGAGUGGCUGAAUGAUGUAUAACUUACAUUAUUUAAGGCUUUUAAUCAUUAAUGAAACAGUCAUCAAUAGAUUAGGUGGACACUCAAUAUACUGUUAAAACCAAAGAAUUGUAUGUAUACUACUAGACUGGCAAUUCAGAACUAAAACUGUGUCACAGCUGUGGAUCAUGUGGGUGGAUAGCGAGAUGCAUAAUCUAUACAAAUAAAUAAAAUUGAAGUAUCUGUUUGUAAUGUCAAAAUUACAGCUUUUUACUAAAUAUAUAUGAAAGUAUAUACGGUAUUAAUAACCAAAAUACAAUUUAUAAAGUUUUUGUCUGUCUGUGUCUGUUUGUUCCGGCUAAUCUCCGAAACGGCUGCACCGAUUUUGAUGGAAUUUUGACUGGCAGAUAACUGAUGUCACAAGGAGUAACUUAGGCUACUUUUACUUUAGAAAAAGAAUCAGGGUUCCACGCAAAAAAUUAAAACUCCAAAUAACACGCGAGCGAAGUCACGGGGAACAGCUAGAAGAUAACAGACGAGAUGCAUAAAUUAAGAUGACAGCUGUAUUUUCAUUUACGACUCACUUUCGGAAUGGCUAAACUGAUUGUGAUGAAACUUUGAACAGAUAGAGAGCUAUGCCAGGAAAGAUCUAAGCAAUAUUUUAUCAGACAUCCUUGAAGAUUU